UGCCGGAGGUUCCUCUCCCUUUAGGUGGCCCCCGAUGACGUCGCCUAGUGUUGAAUCAUUCUAGCGGGUCCCUCACCUGCGGGAAAACACCGGAAGAAGGAGCAGGGCGUGAAAGUUCAUUUUUAAAAAUAACCACAGCAGCCAUGCACUUCCAAAUAAAACACGUACUGCGCCUGAAUCACUGCGCUCCUGUUCAGCGUAAGAGGACACUCGGGGGGAGGCUGUGGAGUGUUUCAGCAGCACAACAACGUGGCGUGAGAGCAGCAGGAUCGCAUGCAUCUGCAGACGUCAAGAAGUAUUUCGCCCUGCAGAGCUGCAGAAACUAUGCGUCCGACUCGGCGUACAGCCGAGCCUUCGCCUCAGCGAGGGACAACCCCGAGAAAUUCUGGGGUGAGAUGGCGCAGGACAUAAACUGGUUUAAACCGUGGAGCAAAACUUUGAACGCUGAGGACCCAGUGUUCCCAAACUGGUUUGUUGGAGGGAAGCUGAACAUGUGCUACAAUGCUGUGGAUCGUCAUGUAGAGAGCGGCCGUGGGGAGCAGCCUGCCAUCAUUUAUGACAGCCCAGUGACUGGAGCUAAACAGAUCAUCACUUUCAGGGAACUUAAGGACCAGGUGUCCAGGUUAGCAGGAGUCUUAGUGAAGAAUGGGGUACGUAAAGGAGAUCUGGUGGUCAUCUACAUGCCGAUGGUGCCCCAGGCCAUGUUCACCAUGCUGGCUUGUGCUCGGAUUGGUGCCCCACACAGCCUCAUCUUUGGUGGCUUUGCUUCCAAAGAGCUUUCUGUCCGCAUCAAUCAUGCCAAGCCCAAGCUGAUGGUUACAGCAUCAUUUGGCAUUGAGCCAGGCAGAAGAGUAGAAUACAUCCCUCUGGUGGAGAAAGCCUUGGAGCUGAGCUCUCACAGGCCCUCUAAAGUUCUCAUCUACAACCGGCCUAACAUGGAGAAAGUAUCAUUGAAUCCGGGGUUGAGUCUGGACUGGGACGAAGAGAUGGCCACUGCUCAGCCACAUGACUGCGUUUCUGUUCCCUCCAACCAUCCCCUCUAUGUCCUCUAUACCUCUGGGACCACUGGAGCACCAAAGGGUGUUGUGCGAGACACUGCAGGCUAUGCUGUGAUGCUGAAAUGGACCAUGUCAAAUAUUUAUGGACUGAGUCCUGGAGAUGUUUGGUGGGCAGCGUCAGACCUGGGCUGGGUGGUAGGCCAUUCAUAUAUCUGCUAUGGUCCUCUGCUCCAUGGUAACAGCACCAUUCUCUAUGAGGGUAAGCCUGUAGGCACUCCAGACCCUGGAGCGUUCUUCCGUGUACUGUCUGAACACGGAGCCUCCUCCAUGUUCACAGCACCCACUGCCAUGCGAGCCAUUCGCCAGCAGGACCCACGAGCUGACGUUGGGAAGAAAUACCCUCUGUCCAGUUUGCGGUCGUUAUUCUUGGCAGGUGAGCGAUGUGACGUGGAGACGCUGGAAUGGGCAAAGAGAAGCUUUGGGGUUCCUGUCCUGGACCACUGGUGGCAGACUGAAACUGGCUCAGCCAUCACCUCCUCACAUAUUGGUCUGGGGAACUCACUGACACCACCUGCAGGCCAGGCUGGCAAACCUGUUCCAGGUUACAAUGUCACAGUGAUCGAUGAUGACAUGCGGGAGGUGAAGCCAAGAACCCUGGGAAACAUUGUGGUGAGACUUCCUUUACCACCUGGUGCAGCCUUGUCACUCUGGCAGAACCGGGAUCUGUUCAAGGAGCUGUAUUUCACUAAAUUCCCAGGUUACUAUGACACCAUGGAUGCAGGUUUUGUGGACGAGGAGGGUUUCCUUUACAUUAUGUCCCGGUCCGAUGAUGUCAUCAACGUGGCAGGCCACAGGCUGUCUGCUGGAGCUUUGGAGGAGUCCGUCCUGCUGCACCCUGCAGUGGGAGACUGCGCUGUGGUGGGUCUAGAGGACACUCUCAAGGGUCAUGUUCCCUUGGCCCUGUGUGUGCUCAAGAAUGGUGUGCAGAAGAAGGAAGAGGAGAUCAUUAAUGAGAUUGUGAAGCUCGUGAGAGACACCGUUGGACCCGUUGCUGCCUUCAGGAAAGUGCUGUUUUUCCGAGGACUGCCGAAGACACGUUCUGGCAAGAUCCCUCGUUCCUCCUUAGCCAACCUGGUCAACGGCAAGCCCUACAAGAUCACUCCAACCAUCGAGGACCCAGAGGUGUUCAGAGACAUCGAGAGGCAGGUACAAAAAGCUCUGAGACCUCGUGGAGCCUGAACUCAUCAGUGGGACGACAGAGCAAACUGAGGUUGGACAACAAAAAGUCACUGGUGGUGCAAUAUGUGAGGAAGCACGUCCACGCUGUACACAGGGUGUUGCAAAUGUGAACUUAAAGUAGAAAUGAAGUUAGUGGUUAAUUCUCCUUUUUUAAAUCACACUGAAGGCAGACUCAGCAAGUUUUACCUUCUUAUGAGCUGUGCCAGUUCCAUGAAGCAGGGUUAAUGUUUUCCAUUUCUAAUACUGAAAUUAUGUCCAUUUGUAUGUAAUCUGGAUAAUAAUGUAAAACCAUACUGCACUACAGGCUUUGCAGAUUCAUAAUUAAUGAAUGGAAGAAUGACACAUCUGCUGUUUACACAGUGUGAUGCCCUUGAGCUGUAAACAUUUUGAAAAUGUUAAAUAAUGAGGACGACUCAUUCACUGACAGUUUUUUUUUAAUUGACAAUGAAAAUUUGUUUGCUCACCACUUAGUUUUGACCAAAGUACAAGAAGUAAUAAAUAAAAAAAAAAUAUGGACACAAAAUAAAAUGAUUUGUUGUUCGUGCAAAUUGAAGAUGUAAAAACAAAUUAAAAGCGUAAGACUUGUUUGGAGUCGCCCAUCAGAAAUAACUAAAAGACAGAUAACAGGGCUGUUCAAUACGUCACCCUGGAAAUUCUGACAGAAACAAAGAGUCAACAGUUACACCAAUGUAAGUCACAGCAAGAAACAGGUUUUUGUCAUUAAAAGUCACCUCACUUCAACAUGGUCAUAUACACUCUACGCACACUAUGAGCUAAAGCAGUCUGUCUUUCAGUUAUUUCGUCUGUUCUGUUAACGUAGUGUCUGAAGGGAUGGGGGAGAAGGCCAGCUCGGCUGAGUGUGUUUUUGUCCUUUGUGUUAAUGCAUCGCCUGACAAAACAUACAGUACAACAAGUGACAGGUUCUACGAACGGACCUCCUGCUUUUUUUGUUCUCUGAGAGGAAGUUUUGUGCAACUUCGGAGAGCAACAGCAUCUCUUGUUUCGUCCUUGGCUACUAAAUAGUCCGUUGAGUUGAUGCGGUUGUAUCAAAGUGCUUGUCGUGUCGUUCCAGGGCGUCGGCGCGUCCUCUUAAAAUGCUCGUUUUGUGACAGCGAGUCCAUAGGAAAGGAUAAUGAAGUCUGUUGGUGCCAGAAAUGGGGACUCGAAGUGUUUUUUUUUGGACACCACUAGAGGGCAGGUUUUCACACAACAUCCACAGUCUCUUCCUCUCUCUAUGGUGCAGCACAGGUUCUUCAUCAUAAUCAUCAUCAGCACAAUGAAAAAAUAAAACCAUAUGUACAAAAUGAUCUUGGGGGGGGG